UGUCCUGUCAUAUUAUAAUCAGUCAUCACUGCCAUUAAACGCAUGGAGGGCGUUUCAGUUAUUCUAAAAAAUUGUGCUUAAAAGACGGGAAGACAUCGUUAAUUUCCAUUAGGCUCUCAAAACUGUAGAUGAAGCAAUAACUUCGCAAUGUUUUCCACGCUCCCAAGAUCAUUGUUACACAACACAAGCUCAUGUGUUUCCAACAGAGUACUUGCACUAGCCCUAGCGAAAUGCCCUGCCAUCGGCGACUGUUCCUCCCUGACCCGGGCCCAUCACGAGGUCACCGGGGACAUAUUGUGCCCCAACAUGGUUCGAGGAAUAGAUCAUCUAAAAGACCCUCGUCUUAACAAGGGCCUCGCCUUCACAUUAGAAGAACGGCAAUAUCUCGGCAUCCAUGGCCUCUUAGCUGCCAAGUUCAAAACGCAAGAAGAACAACUGGAUAUCUGCAGGAUUUCUAUAGACAGAUACGAAGACAAUCUGAACAAAUAUCUCUACCUCGUCGAGUUACAGGACAGGAAUGAGAAGCUUUUCUUCAGACUACUCUCGGAGAACGUUGAGAAAUACCUGCCGAUUGUCUACACACCGACCGUGGGUUUAGCUUGCCAGAGGUUUGGCCUCAUCUAUAGAAGACCUAGAGGUCUGUUUAUUACGAUCAACGAUAAAGGACAUAUUUUCAACAUCCUUAAAAACUGGCCGGAACCAGACGUGAGAGCCAUUGUAUUCACUGACGGUGAAAGAAUCUUAGGUCUCGGUGACCUUGGAGCCUACGGCAUGGGCAUUCCUGUGGGCAAGCUGUCACUUUACACUGCCCUGGCGGGCAUCAAACCUCAUCAGUGCUUGCCUAUCACUUUGGACGUUGGAACUAACAACCAGGACCUCCUAGAAGACCCUCUUUACAUCGGUCUGAGGCAGAAACGUGUACGUGGCAAGGAGUAUGACGAUUUUAUCGACGAAUUCAUGGAAGCAUGUGUCCAGAAAUACGGACAAAAUACUUUGCUGCAGUUUGAAGACUUCGCCCUUCUGAACGCAGGGCGCUUGCUGGAGAAGUACCGCAACAAGUACUGCACGUUCAACGACGAUAUCCAAGGCACGGCCAGCGUGGCUGUGGCGGGUCUUAUGGCCGCCGUGCGCGUCACCAAGCGCAAGCUCAGCGAGAACAUCUAUAUGUUCCUUGGCGCUGGCUCUGCCGCCAAUGGCAUCGCAAACUUGACCGUCGCCGCGAUGAUGCAAGAAGGUCUGUCGGAGCAGCAGGCGCGCGACCGCGUCUACAUGUUCGAUGUCGACGGCCUACUGUCCACGAAACGCGAGGGCGGAGUGCCGACUCACGCGACCGCGUUCGGCAAAAACAUCGAGCCGGAGAAGGACUUCGCGGCCGCUGUCGCUAAGAUCAAGCCUAGCUGUCUUAUCGGCUGCUCGACGGUGGGCGGGGCGUUCACCACAGAGAUUCUGAAGCAGAUGGCGAAGAACACCGACAGGCCCGUCAUAUUCGCGCUGUCCAACCCCACGAGCAAAGCGGAGUGCACCGCGCAAGCCGCUUAUGACAAUACUGAGGGUAAAUGCGUGUUCGCGUCCGGCUCGCCGUUCCCACCAGUCAAGUUCGGCAACAAGGAGUACCUCACGGGGCAGGGCAACAACUCGUACAUCUUCCCGGGCGUCGCGCUCGGCGUCAUCGCCACGCAGACGCACCACAUCCCCGAGGCUAUGUUCCUCACCGCUGCCAGGACUCUAGCUAACUUCGUUAGUGAGGAGGAUUUGAGCCUUGGACGUAUUUAUCCGCCGCUGUCCCAAGUGAAAGAAGUAUCUCUUCAGAUCGCCAUUGAAGUCGCCAAGAUGGCUUACGAUGAAGGUUUAGCGUCAUUGUAUCCAGAACCAAAAGACCUGUCCAAACACGUCGAAAGCCAAAUCUACGAUUUUAACUACGAGAGCUCGAUGCCGGAAGUAUGGCAGUGGAAACCCGAAGAAACCUUCAACGUCCGACCUAUUCAACCCGUUCCCAAAAACAUCUAAACACGGUAAACAUGUUAAAAACUGACCGGUUUACUUGUCAUCUCUCACUUUUCAGUAACAUGUUUCGCAUCAGCAUAAAGUAAUGAUAAGACAAUAGCGAAUCAAUCAUGAAAAUGCGGUACGUACAUAUACCCAAUGACUUACAUGAAAAGUAUUACCCAUUUACUAAUUUAAAAAAAGUACCCAGUACAAGUAACCUUUAUAUGUAAGUAUUUAUUUUCAAGUAGUAAACUAGUUGUUCCUAUGUAUACUAGCACUUGCAGAAGUUUGUAGUAUUAGGAAAAAAAGUUCAAAUAUGUGUAUGUGUAUAUUCACGAUAUCGUGAUGCCUUUCUAAGCUACGUCUUCCAACUAGCGCGCUACUAGUUAAGUAAUUUUAUUGAUCCAAGUUAAUUUAUUUCAAGGAAUUAUUUAUUUAUAAAUUUAUUUAAAGCUCCGUUUUGUCUUUCGCUGUACGAUCCUGAAGACAGACGCUUUCGUCUGAUUCCGACUAAUAAAAAAAUGUAAGAUAUGCCUCACGCUGCUCAAACAUAGUAGGAACAUUUCUCUUACUGUGGCGUGGUGUCACGAGUUAAAUAUGGCUUUACAUUGUCGUUAUCGACAUAUCGACACGAUAAUCUUGACCGUAAUUAGAGUAAAGGGAUUUUUAAUCGAGGUAACCAUACUUUUUGCGGUAUGAAUGCCGUGAAGGCUGCAUGUAAGUAUGUUACAAAUCAAACACAUUAAACUUUAACAGAAAUAUAGUAUAGUAUUUGUAGUAACGCGCUAGAUGGGAUUCGUACCAGCUUCGAUUACCUACACAUAAAUAUUAUUAAACAAUACAUAGUAUUUCAAAAAGUACUUAGUAUUUCAUGUUCAUAGUUGAAAUCGGAUGUAGAAUUUAUUCUUGUUUUAUUUUUGACUAAAUGGAAUGUUAUUGAAUAUUUAUUAAGUACCUUUUAACUAUCACGUUUGUAAAACCAUUAACAUUAUUUGAAUGUGUGUAAUUGUAUAAACUUUACGAUUAUGUGACGUACGUCAUUAUUUCAUCAUCAAAAUACAUUUCAUUCUGAUGAAUGUUGUGAGCGUUAUGAAAACAAUAGGUAAUACAUAGUAAAUAUGACCUUAAAAAGAAAACUCUAGUCACUGCAGCAUAAAAAUGUCGUGAAACAAUCAGGUCGUCAUGUGUUUAAUGCAUUUUGUUAUUUUUGCUACAAGUUUCGUCAUCGAAAGGAAAUAUUUAUGUUUCCUUGUUCAGUGCUAGGUAUAUCUGGUAACGACGAUAUAAAAAACAAGUUUUAUUAGCAAAUAUCACACAGCAUUCGUUCGUAAAUGUCAUUAUAUUAUUAUCAAGGUCUCAUUUAAUAGAAAACGUAAUUCCUGUCUUGUAUUCAUGCAUAGGUACAGUGGUGUUCAAAAGUGUAUGAGUAGAUGUCGACCGUAAUGCCUUAGUAUAACGGUCGAAAAAUGUCGAUGCACUUCUGGACGCCAGUGUACAGUCACCACACGGCAUUGUUAUGCCAUUUAGAGUUCUUGCUAGAUUAGAAAUUCUAUAGCGUAAGUAUUUAACAACCAAUUUAGCUAGGACCCUAAAUGGCGCAACAAUCGCGGAGCGUGGUGGUACGAUGAUAAUUAUUAGUUAUUAUCAAUUCUAAGAAUAAAUAUAGCUAUCACCGAAAUAAUGUCAUAAAUAUCUACAAUUUAUGUUAUAAAUAUUUAUUGUGACUCACUACCUAAUUGGUAAAAUAUAAGUAUUUACCGGUGUUGACAUCAAAACAAAUACAAAUAAUCGUAUUUUUUUUAGUUUCUGUUAACCUUUUCGACGCCGUGUCAAACACAAAAGCUGUCACUCAGCCGCCACGUCACCGAAGUGUCAAAACUGAAAUUGAACUUUAUACAUAUGCACGUAGGUCUAUGUGGCUCUGUGGUUUGUGACCGAUUAAUCAGUCUUUGGCGUUGGACCUGCGGUGCGGAUAUAUCAGUCAUUGGCGUCCAAAAGGUUAAACGUUUUUUGUCUGGUGGGACCUAUAUUAAACACUAAUGACAUAAUGCACUGAAUUGUCUCCACUACUCGAACGCGUUGUUAUUAUUUAUUAUUUUACAUAUCUUUAUGUUUAAUUUACCUAUUUAUUUAUUUCUUCGGUUAAAUAGAUUUACUAUUUAGGUAUCCAAAGUGUUUGCCUUUUUUUUGUCGAUGUGGGUUACUCUUACGCUGUUACGGAUCGUCCCCCGUAUGGUACGGUAUGUGGGAUUCUCGCACCUCCCAGCUCUUUUCAAUUGUGAAAAGAGAGGGAGGAGCCUAAACAAAGUAUUUGCCUUACUGAAAAUCAGUGUUACAAGUAUGUAUAUCAAGUAUACCAAAACGCAUAAUAUGUAAGUGAUACAAAUACACAUUUAUCCUAAAGCAAACACAGAAGCGGUCUCAAUAUUAUAACAAAAAAGUGUUUCAAUGUUAAAGUGUCAUACACAAUCAUGUAAAGCAAAGAAUAUCAUCAAUUCAUCAUAUACGUAGUCAUCUACUAAGCUAGACUCAUUUUUCCUACUUCCGCACUCGCUAUUUAGUUUUCAUGAGCGUAUUCGAGUAGUGCUAGAACCUAAUCGCUACGUACGAAAAUACAUUAUAACAUUAGUUACACACGUAAUGUAUAGUGUAAAUUCAUGUUAGUUAUAAAAAUUACGAAUCUGAUUUCGUUUAGUAUUAUUUUUUAUGUUCAGUAUUUGACAACAGUGAGACUUGUUUUUCGCAGGGCGAAACAUUUACCUCUUUAACGUAUUUGUAAGUAUUACAAUGUCAUAAUUUAUUUUUAAUUAGGUUCGUAUCUGUCGAUACAAAGUGAUAUGUUGCUGUGACGAUGUAUGAUAAUAUUAUGUAACUGAACGUCUUUCUAGAAUUUGUUUUGCAUCGACGACGGUUUGCAUGUAAUUGGCAUCAAGGAAUUAAAAUCGAAAAAAUAUUUCAUAAACGUGGUGAAGCCAGCCAAUGUAUAGGCAACAUUCACUUGUUUUUACGUCAAUUAAUCAUUUCGGACUUACACCAGGGUCCUAUUUACAGUAUAGCGAUGUAGAUCAAUUUUAUGAAUUAUUUUACAUAUACCUCUUUUGCAAUUUUAUCGCAGGUUUAUUGUUUAGGUCUGUAUAGUUGAAAAUUGUUGCAUACAAUUAUGAAUGUUACUAAAUAAACAUGUUCUAAACGAUAA